UGGCAUCCCUGCGGUGUGACAGAGCAACCAGCUGAGUCGUUGGAAAUUCUACGAUUGGCGGGUGGUAGAAGGGUUGUUGGGUAAUUAUUUACAUUGCGCUCUCAUAAGAUUCAUUUGGUCAUAUGUAUGUGUUUGAAGAAACAGUGGUUCAUAAACUGAAGUUAUUAUUGAAAUUACUUUUUAUAAGGAAGUUUAAAGAAAUAACCUGGGCCCGAAUCGCGGCACACGUUAACGAGCGAAAUUUAAGAAUAUUUUUUGUUUUCGGAUCGUUGUAGUCGCUAUCGAAUAGGCACUUUCGAAAUUUGAAAUUUUCUCAUUCGAUAACGAGUUCUUGUUUGUACGAAAGAAUCGAAAUUUCAUUCGUUAGCUAUUUGAGAAACGUUAUAGCACAAAUUGAACAAAAAAUUUGAAUAUAUCCGCUAAAAAUAGUCAGAGGGGCAAAAUGUAAGUAAUUUUUCAUUUAUUUAGUUUAUUUAACAUGUGAUAUAAUUAUAACUAAUAAUUGAAGGACCAAUGUAAACAAAAUAAAUAUGCGUCAAAAAAAUUUGAUGAGUGACUUUAUGCUACAGCAUCAGGACUUGGCAAAAAAUAUUUUGCCUAAUUGUGGGCAAGGCAAAGUUGCAGCAAAUAAGCUAUGGGAGGCGUUGACUUUAAAACUGAACGCUGCCGGGCCACCGAUGAAAGAUGCUAAAUCUUGGCGAAAAGUAUUUGCUGACCAGAAGCACAACAUAAAAAAGAAAAUUUCUUUCAACAAAGCCUCAAAACAAAGGACUGGUGGUGGUCCGUACGAGGAAAAGCUAUUAACUGCAGCAGAAGAGCAACUCCUCCAAGCUACGGGGAUAGAUGUUGCUGUAGAAGGGUUGACCGUAGUAAAAUCUUUUGGAAAUGUAGAGCCCGAAGAAGGAUUAAAUGAGUUGGUAGAAAUGAUUAUAGAUAGCGAGGAAGAAGAAGAUCCGACUCCAUCCACCAGUCGCAGUGCGACAAAAUCAUGUAAAGCGAAGCCCACUGUCGAAAGUGAAAAGCUUUCUCUUUUAAAAUGCAAUUUACGCGCAUAUGAAGUAACGCAAGCGCAAAUAAAUAAAAAUAUUGAGAAACUACUUGCGCUAAAGCAGAGAUCUCUCCAAAUAAAAGAAGAGGCACAUGCUGCAGAUAUGAAAAUAAAAGCUUUAGAGUUGGAGAUUAAAACUCAUGAGCUUGAUAUUUUAAAGAGAAAAAUCCAUAAAUAA